UCUUCAGUGUUUAACAAUUUUCAGUGGCUUUAUUAAAUCAUGAAGUGUUGGUUAAUCCUUUUAUACUUAUGUGGACUUAAAACAAAAGAAGCAUAUCAAUCCAAACCUCAUUCUACAUCAAACCAUUCAAACCACAGAGAAACAUUCAAAGUAGAAUCCUCAACAUGGCUAGGAGUGGACAGCUACGCUGGUUUCAUUCCUGUUAAAGAAGAAUACGAUUCCAAACUCUUCUUCUGGUAUUUCCCGAAGAAGAAUGCUAGUGACACCCCCUGGAUAAUUUGGCUACAUGGAGGGCCGGGUGUGUCAUCCUUGGUUGCGGUUUUUGAAAUAAACGGCCCCUUUGUUAUAAAAGGAGAUGAAAUGCAUUUAAGGAAUUCUUCAUGGACGAACGAUUACUCAGUGCUGUACAUAGACAACCCUGUCGGUGCUGGCUUCAGCUAUACACGCGAGGACAAGGGAUACACGAGUAGUGAAGACGAAGUAGGGGAUCAACUGCUGGAAUUCUUGCGGCAAUUCCUGGCAAUAUUUCCCGAGCUUCGUCAGCGGCCAUUGUUUAUCGCGGGAGAGUCGUACGCGGGCAAAUAUGUUCCUACUCUGGCGGCAGUUCUACAUAGGAACAGAAAUAAGCCAGCAUAUCAAGUCAAUUUGAGGGGUGUGAUGAUAGGCAAUGGGUUGAUUGAUCCGCGAAGCAUGAUGCACUACACAGACUUGUGUCUCGUUCUUGGCCUGUUGGAUGAUGAGCAGGGUACAGUUCUAAGGAACUUGGAGACGGAUACCGUAAAACUCCUGGAUGCCGGGAAGAUGGUGGAUGCUGCUAAUAAAUUCAACGAAACAAUAGAAUACAUCAAAAAGCAUAGCGGCGUCAGCUUCUUAAACUUCAACGAAGACGGCCCAGCCGUAUACACGUUCCUAGACUUUCUAAAUAAACAAGAUGUCAGGAACAGCCUCCAUGUUAGCAACGCGACUUUCAACGUAAACAACCAACUGGUUUAUGAGAAGAUGUUGCCGGAUUUUAUGAAUACAACUAGACCUUUUUGGAAGAGCUGCUUGAGCAUUAUGGAGUGCUGUGUUAUAGUGGGCAGUUCGACGUGAUAUUACCAUACUGGGGCUCGAAACACACAUACGCUUCCCUAAAAUGGUCUGGUCGCAAUGAAUAUGACGAAGCUCUAAGGAUACAGAUGAAAGACCCUAGCGGUCACGUGGUUGGUUACAAGAAAAGCGGCGGGCGGUUCACAGAAGCACUAAUACGAGGGGCAGGCCACAUGGCUCCAAAAGAUAAACCUCUUGUAGUCAAAGCCAUGAUCGACGAAUUUAUAGGCGAAUAUAGCAAGAGAAUCUCAAUUUCC